AUGUCGUUAUCCACAACUACGAAGGGAAACCCAUGCCCCUGCUGUAAAAGAAACAACCCGACACUAGCAACGAAUUGUGAAGGGUGUACGGGUGUCCUACCAGGUCACAAAACCAUCGAACGCAUCACUAUCAAACACGAAAAUGCUCGCAAAGUCGCGACUAUAAAUCAUGAAGAGCGGGUACCGUUAUGGACGGAUGUAUCUGAAUCUAUUCUGGAUCAAAAUGGGAAUGAGCAGGAUAAAAUCCCUAGGUGUAUGGUGGUUCAGAUCGAGGUGUUUGGGGUUAAAUGUUUAGUUGUGAUUAGUGAAGAUCAUUUGCGGGGUGUGAAUGUCUCUGUUGCACCAGAUUUGGUAGCUCUAAGUCUCAAGGAGGAUAUGAGGAUUGCUGAUUGGAAACAGUUGAAAGAUAUAAAAGAUGAGUAA